AUGGAACUAAAGCCAUCUUAUAGCAACAGACCAUUCCCGAAAUUCAGCUUUCCGAAAAGAGAAGGAUUUUUCUCUGUGGACGAACGAAGAAAUUAUCACAAUUCAAUGUUCAAUCUUCGGUAUUUGAGUGCACCAAGGGAACUAAAUUUUUCCUUAAAUGAUGGAGAUGAUACUUACGUUGAGAAAUUAACAUCAGCUGAAGAUGAGAAAUUGUCCCAUUUGUUAACAUACAUCAUGAAUAAUAAAUCUGUGAUAUCGCGUGAAAAUGCUCCAGAAUUUGUUUGCUUUCGAGGAUUGCUCCGAAUGAUUAUGAGUACACCUUAUGACAACAGAGAAAGUUGGAUUGUAUUGGCAACAUAUUAUAAGAGAACAAUUUACUUAUGUGCUGCGGAAACUGAAUCAAAAAAGGCUGAGAAAAUGAGGAAGACUGCUCGAGAUGAAAUGUUUCGUCGUUAUGGCUUUAAAUUUGAAAACUUUGUUCUUUCAAGUCAUCCACACAAACCUCCUCCAGGUCAUACAAAACCAGUGAAUGAAUCAGAAGAAUUUUGUAUCAUGUUCAGUUCAAAGCUCAACGGUAAAAAACUUCUUUAUGGUGCUGAAAUUGACGGGUUAAUUGCCAAAGAGCCUUGCACAUCUUUAGAAUAUCUCCGGAAAGUUCCUUUAGUUGAAGUUAAAGUGAAAAGAAUAGAAAAUAAUGAACGACAACUUCAAAAUUUUUAUCGCUUUAAGUCUCGCAAUUGGUGGCUUCAAUCAUUUUUAGUUGGGAUUGACGCAAUUCAUGUUGGAUUACGAAAUGACGAUGGAAUUGUCGAAGGUUUAGAACAAAUUUCUUUGAAAGAUCUUUACAAUGAAGUUAAGAACAACGAUUACUGGAAUGGAGCUGUUUAACCAUAA